AUGGGAAGAGGUAAGAUUGAGAUCAAGAGGAUUGAAAACUCAAGCAGCAGACAAGUUACCUAUUCAAAGAGAAAGAACGGUAUCCUUAAGAAAGCAAAGGAAAUAAGUGUUCUCUGUGAUGCUCAAGUUUCUCUUAUCCUCUUUGGUGCUUCUGGAAAGAUGCAUGAAUACAUCAGUCCCUCCACCACGUUGAUUGAUGUUCUUGACAGAUACCAAAGAGCUUCUGAAAAAACUCUUUGGGAUGCUAAACAUGAGAACCUUAGCAAUGAAAUUGAUAGAAUAAAAAAGGAGAAUGACAACAUGCAAAUUGAACUCAGGCACUUGAAGGGAGAGGACAUUACUUCACUGAAUUACAAAGAGCUUAUGUCCCUUGAGGAUGCCCUUGAAAAUAGCCUCAUUUGA